AUGGGUGCUUCCUUGCCUCUCCGACAGGAGGACACGCCCCACGGGACAGCGACGUGGUCACCUCGAGAGGCCUGCCACUUCAGUGUAAGGUACACAUCGCAGUGUGAUGCCCCAGCGUUGGUCGUAGUGAACGCCCAAGUACCCGGGGAGGGGCCGUCCUUCAACCCCUUCGCGACGCAAAAGCCUCAUCCGGGCUAUAGUGUCAUCGUCUAUUUUAUGAUCACUCGGGAGAUGGCUUCUUGGUCCUCGAGGCCCCACGACCCCGACGUGCCGAGAUCGGUCGGAUUGUGGCUCAACCUCUUGGACCGAGGCAUCUCUGAUCGGAAUCUUCCGUUUAAAGUCAUUGGUCGGGUCCAGAACCUCACUGAUCUCCCAAGCUUACCCGCUAUGGGCAUCAUAGAAAGAUACAACGGCAAGCCGGCCCUCAUAACAGGGAGUGCGACCAUCCUGGAAGGUUCUCGACCGUACCGGUAUGUUGAGAUCGACUACGAUGUUCGUAAGUGGUCUCUAAUAGCCCGGACAACGCUAGCCCAAGUGAAGGAGCGUGUGAGGGACGUCGUACUAGAUGUUGGAUACCUGGUGGAGUCCCAAGAAGAAGUGGACAUGCCUGAGCGGCUGCUAGGGAGCAUAUCCCUCCAUCACCUGGACCAUAGGACUGCCCAUGUUGGCAUUUUGAGCUAUGCUGACGUCCUCACCAUCCCUUUCCCCGAUUCGGUCGGGAGAAGCACUGGGGGGACCAGUUCGCUGUCUGCUGAGGAGGAUAACGCUGAUGAUGCUCGUACUGGGGGUGGCAAAAAGGAUAAGCUCAGCUUUGAGAGUGAAGGCAGAAUACGUCAUGACUUGGACUCAGUGGGAGUGAGUAGCUGCAGUGCGGAGGCCUGGCUGGUGUCACUCACUGCUGACGACCAUGGUGGACCACUACCGUCUUUGAGUGCGUCGACUUUGGCCGCGACCAACACUAUAGGGGAGGGGAAGACCAGUGGGUUGCUGGACAGGCUUCGACAGUGGGGAGCCGUGGGAGAGUUCCUCGCCAAUGACCUGCUAGCCCCGUGGAGCACUCUGGAUCAGCUCUCUGCAGACUACGCUGUGACUUCAUGGUUUUUGAAGGCACCCCGGAUAUCUCUGGAAGCUGCUAGUCCCCAAUGGCACUGUUCAUCGCAUCCUUCGGCCCCUUACAACGUCUUGGUAUCCCCCAAGGGCGAGGUUACCCUCAUCGAUCGGCUUCAUCGUAAAGUCUUCAAUUUGGCUUUGCCUAAGAAGACCCCUCGGGUCACAGGAAGCUGCGUCGCCUUUGCUCCCUCACCGUGUCCUCUAUCUAUAGCCCUGGGUACUGUGUCUGGCCUCGUUAUAACGUCCCUGUCGGGCGUGCACGAGGAUUGGCAGAUCAUAGCUAAUCGCAGUCUCCCUGUGGCCCCCUCUGUCGUCGAUGGCGUAUUCGAAUGUAGUAGUAGUGUGGGAGUCGGCCACGGUGGGACUGUCCUCGGCGAUCCCACUGGUACUGAGGCGCCUAAGGACGGCGGAGGUCACGUCAGUGGCCUGGUGCUCAGCAAGGUCCUGCUCUAA